AAAGCUCAGAGGCGGGGUUUUUCGCCACAACCAAACUUGUCUCCGGCCCUUUACCAAGGCCCCAAGCUUCUUAUUGGUCAGGCAUUCUCAGCCCCAUUGGUCCGAGUGGCAAAGGAUUGGGUCUGCCCCAAGCUGUGCCUGCUUCCGGAGCCUUGAUUUAAACGGUCAAUUGUGAUGCCGCUUUCAGGCACUGUCUACGGCAUGUCCGUGGGGGCCUGAAGGGGCUUUGUACAGCUACCGGUACUUGAGCGUACGAUCAAGUUUCCAAGAUGCCACCCAAAGGAAAAAGUGGUUCCGGAAAAGGGGGGAAAGGAGGAGCAGCUUCUGGGAGUGACAAUGCGGACAAAAAGGCUCAGGGUCCCAAAGGUGGUGGCAAUGCAGUAAAGGUCAGACACAUUCUGUGUGAAAAGCAUGGCAAAAUCAUGGAAGCCAUGGAAAAAUUAAAGUCUGGAAUGAAAUUCAGUGAAGUGGCCGCACAAUAUAGUGAAGAUAAAGCCAGGCAAGGGGGCGACUUGGGUUGGAUGACCAGAGGGUCCAUGGUGGGACCAUUUCAAGAAGCAGCAUUUGCCUUGCCUGUGAGUGGGAUGGAUAAGCCUGUGUUCACAGACCCACCAGUUAAGACAAAAUUUGGAUAUCAUAUCAUUAUGGUUGAAGGGAGAAAAUAAAAUCAUAUGAAUAAAGUUGA